AUGACUGAAUUUAAAGAAAAGGCUACUGAAACUAUCGAGGUCCAAUCGUUACCAGUCUCUCAAAAAAGCGAAGUUGAUGCUGCUUUUGAAAUUGCCCUACUGGCUCAAGACUUAGAGAUCACAGAUGAGAUCAAUAAGAAACUAUUGAGGAAAAUUGAUUUUUAUAUCCAACCUAUUAUGUGGUCAAUUUACACUUUACAAUUUAUGGAUAAGGUUACUAAUGGGUUUGCUGGUGUUAUGGGUAUUCAAAAGGACUUGGGAUUGGUGGGAGAUGAGUUUUCAUGGCUAGUUACUGGUUUUUACUUGGCUUAUUUAGUUGCAGAGUUUCCUAUAUCACAAUCAUUACAACGUUUGCCAUUUGUUAAAACCUUGAGUGCCUGUAUAAUCAUUUGGGGGAUUGUUUUAUGUGCCCAUGCAGGAGCACAUAACAGUGCACAAAUCAUCACCGCUAGAGUGUUUCUGGGACUUUUUGAAUCCAGUAUUACUCCUGGGUUUGUUAUUUUGAGUUCCCAAUGGUAUAAAAAGGAAGAACAGUUUGCUAGAAUUGCUUAUUGGUUUAGCUGUAAUGGUGCCGGUAGUAUCCUAGGUGGUGCUAUUGGCUAUGGUUUGUUACAUCAUGCUGACUCAUUAGGUAUUGAAUCAUGGAGAGUUUUGUUUAUUGUAACAGGAUUAUUAACUGUUGUAUUUGGUGUUUUAUUCUAUUUCUAUGUUCCUGAAAAUCCUUCAAAAGCUUGGUUUCUAACAGAGGAGGAAAAAUUAUAUCAGGUGCAAAGAAUUAAAACUAAUCAACAGGGAUUUGGUACCAAGAAGUUCAAAAAGUAUCAAGCCAUUGAAGCAUUCAAAGAUAUUAGAACUUGGAUAUAUAUUGCAUGGGGGCUAACUGCACAAAUCCCAAAUGGAGGUCUGGGCUCAUUCUCAUCCAUUCUUUUAAAUCGAACUCUAGGCUAUUCUAAAGAAAAAGCAUUGUUAAUGGGAUUACCUCAAGGUGCUAUCCAAAUCGCAUCGGGUAUUAUAACUGGGUUUAUCGCAACAAGAAGUGGGAAGAGAGUUCUAAUCGGUGUUUCCUGUUGUGCAAUUACUUUGAUCGGUCUGUGUCUUUUGGCCUUUUCAGACUCACCAAAAGUUCAACUAGGUGGCUAUUAUAUUAUUCCAUUUUUUGCUAUUGGUAUUGUCACAAUCUUGGCCUCAAUCGCUUCAGAUGCAGCUGGUCAUACAAAGAAAUUGACAGUGAGUGCUGCGUUUCUUGUUUCUUACUGUGUUGGAAAUGUGAUAGGACCUCAAACAUUCAGAGCUAAAGAUGCACCUCUGUAUCAACCAGCAAGAGUUACUAUGGCUGCAUGCUUAGUUGUUGCAACAGUUGAUUUGUUUUUAUUAUUGUUGGUGAACAUUUACGAAAACAAAAAAAGAGAUAAGAAGUUUAAAAAAGAUCCAAACUACUACAUUGCACCUGAAAAUAGUGAAUUUUUGGAUUUGACGGAUUUUGAAAACAAAAACUUUAGAUACUCUUGUUAA